GGCUCCUCUGCCUGGUCAGGCGGGGCGGGAAGCGGAAGGAGGGGACACCCGGCGCGGCCUGCAACAAUGUCAGAAGGGGACAGUAGCGGCGAGUCCAUCCAUGGUAAACCUUCCGUGGUCUAUAGAUUUUUCACAAGACUGGGACAGAUUUACCAGUCCUGGCUAGACAAAUCUACUCCAUAUACAACAAUCCGAUGGGUGGCAACAUUGGGUUUAAGUUUUAUCUACAUGAUUAGAGUUUAUUUACUGCAGGGUUGGUAUAUUGUGACGUACGCCUUGGGUAUCUACCACCUAAACCUCUUCAUAGCUUUCUUGUCGCCAAAGGUCGAUCCCUCGCUCAUGGAAGAUUCAGACGAAGGGCCUUCAUUACCGACAAAACAGAAUGAAGAAUUCCGGCCUUUUAUUCGGAGGCUGCCAGAAUUCAAGUUUUGGCAUUCUGCCACGAAAGGGAUCCUGGUUGCCAUGACCUGUACAUUCUUUGAGGCUUUCAACGUUCCAGUUUUUUGGCCAAUUCUGGUGAUGUACUUCAUUAUGCUCUUCUGCAUCACGAUGAAGAGGCAAAUCAAGCAUAUGAUAAAAUACCGAUAUAUACCCUUCACCCACGGCAAGAGGCGAUAUAAAGGGAAAGAAGAGGCAGGGAAGACUUUUGCUAGCUAGAAACCCUGAAAUCUGCUGACCAACCUUUUUCCUGCGUUAUAAUUAAAAAGACCGGUUUUGAGCCAUUGUAA